AUGUCGCAACUUAUUGCAUCGCGAGGUAGCGCCAACGACCUUUGGGCUCGAGCGGCAAUAGCGUUAUCCGACGACGACAAGCGAAACAUAAACUUCAAUCGCCCUGACAAGCUCGACAUCCUCGUCGAACUACAUACAGCUGCCGAACGAUCCAGGCAAAGAUCCUCCGGUAUUCCGUGGGACGAGCUGCCAAAAACCUUCCAAGAGGCCAUCUUGGUCACCCGUGAACUAGGCUUGAAUUACUUAUGGAUUGAUUCUCUUUGCAUUAUUCAAGAUAGCAAGGCGGAUUGGCAGUUGGAGUCAGCAGAAAUGGCUGGCAUUUAUCAGAGCGCCUUUUUGACGCUUGCCGCAACCAGCUCACCAGAUUCUAACGGCGGGCUCUGGGUUCGAAGCCAGUCAAACACUUUAACAUAUGCUAAAGUGAUACUCCGUCACGAUGGCAAAGACUAUCCCGUGUACGUCAAGGAGCGCCCCGUACACUGGCCGGCAGCCACCGAGACUUAUGUCAACCAGACGUUUCCACUUCUUACUCAGGGUUGGGUAUAUCAGGAGCGUCUCCUUUCUCCGCGAUUCCUACACUUUGGGAAGGAUGAACUGGUGUGGGAGUGCCUUGAAGAAAGCGUCUGCGAAUGUGGAGGUUAUAGUCUCGACCACUGGACCAAGGGCAAGUAUGGUUACUCCCUUACCGACUCGGCAGCAACCGAAUAG